AGUUGGAGGAGGAGCAGCAGCAGCAGGAGAGGGAGAGGCAGUGCUGGGAAGUGAAGCCUCGGCAUUCCUGGCAUCGCUGCAUGCAUUGAGUGGCCGACCAGAAGACUGCCACAAUUCCUCUGCAGCACCACACCUUUUUCCUUCACAGUUCGCCCUCCUCCCACCUCUGCCCACCUACCGCCCAUCGCUAUCCACGUUCCCCCCAUCAUCGACACCCACCUGCCUCUCACUCGCGGAGACAACUGACAUCCGCCUGCCCCCCCUGUCAGCGGGGCAGCGCUUCUGCCAUGCGUACCGGGUGGUGCUGCUGAUUGACAGCCGGGAGAAGGGGGCAGCACAGCUCACGGAGUUCCUCACUAGAGUGGAAAAGCUUCCGGCACAGCAUUUGACUCCUCACCCCUUCCCACCUCACCCCUUCCCACCUCACCCCUUUCCACCUCACCCCUUCCCACCUCACCCCUUCCCACCUCACCCCAUCCCACCUCACCCCAUCCCACCUCACCCCUUCCCACCUCACCCCUUCCCACCUCACCCCUUCCCACCUCACCCCUUCCCACCUCACCCCUUCCCACCUCACCCCUUCCUACCCUCACGCCCUUCCUACCCUCACGCCCUUUCUACCCUCACGCCCUUCCUACCCUCACGCCCUUCCUACCCUCACGCCCUCCCUACCCUCAAACCCUACUCUCUCGCCCUAACCAUUCCUGCCCUCCUCGCGCACACUCUGGCCCUCCUCAGUCUAAUUCAUAACCCCCCCAACCCCACUCCCACCUGCUGUCAUCACCACCAGGUCGCAUCUCUGCCUAAGCGCCAUCCCUUUCAUUCGUGGCGCCUGCCUGCGGCCAUCACCAUCGGGUCGCAGCACUGCCUGUGGGAGAUGCCUUUUAGCCCCCUCCUCACCUUCCCCGCUCCCGAGUGCUACCAUCAGGUGGCAGCACUGCCUGUGGGCGAUGCCCUUUGGUGGGUAGCGGAGCGCAAGAGAGUGGAUGACUUGUGGCAGUCAAUCAAGUCAAAGCGAUUCAAGGACCAGAAACUGAGGAUCAAGCCUUCUCAUGCUCAUAAGUACACGUUUCCUCUUCUUCCUCUUGCACCUCUUUGGCCCUUCUCUCUUUCCCCAUCUCAGCACUGUGGUCUUCGCCGCCCAAUCUACGUGGUGGAGGGCAAUCUGGACGCCAGCAACGGAGCGGAGAGCCUGCGCACGGCGUACGUUGUCUCUUUCUCCAUCUCAUCCGUCCAAACAUUAGUGCACGACGGCUUUGACGUGCAUCACACCACGUGCAUCGCUCACACGCGCCGCCACUACGCUCAUCUCACUCGGGCCAUCACUGACAUCUGCAACCACCUCUCCACCGCACCCCACCACACAUCCUCGACUCAGAUGCCCCACUCUCCCGCACUCCAUGCCCCGUCCUCCUCUCCCACUCCUCGCGACUGCUGCGUCACCUUUGAUCAAUUUCUGGAUGACUGCCGAUCCUCACAGGCUCUCUCAGUGGGCGAUGUCUUUGGGCACAUGCUGCUGCAGGUGGGCUUUAAGUGUGCUGGCCUCACAGUGUACACGAGGCCACAACAUUCCUGCACCACCACACUCCAUUCCCGUCUCUCCGCUCCCACCCCGUCCCUCUUGUCACGUGUCAUCUUCCCCCUCAUCCCGUCAGGUGUGGGGCCUCACAGUGGGUAUGCCUCGGCCAUCCUCCGCCACCGUACUCAUCCCCAUCUCUCCACUCCAACCCCGUCCCUUUUCCACGUGCUACCUUCCUCUGCAUCCCAUCAGGUGAGAGGCCUAACAGUGGACAUGGCUACGGCCAUCCUCCGCCGCUACCCCUCCCUGCCGGUCCUCCACGCUGCCUACACCUUCCUCGUGCGUCCGCCGUUCCCCUCUUUUGCCUGCAUUGCAAUUCCCUACUUGACUUAG